AUGAAUCUAGAAAUUCAAACAAUGAUUCGAGAGCGUGUAUUGGAAUUUGCACCCAUGACGCCAUCUUUCAUAUCCCCGCUUUUUAUAAUAAGAAAAAACAACGGCAAGAAUCGUGUGAUUUUCAAUCUGAAGGCAUUAAAUCAGUUUAUGAAACCCGAGCCCUUUCAUCUGUUUCAUCACUAUCAAAUGCCGAAGUUCUUACAACAGGGCGAUUGGAUGGUAAAAUUGGAUAUCAGCCAGGCUUACUACCACGUCCCAAUCUCGGUGAAACACCGAUGUUUCCUACGUGUCAGUUACAAGGGAAGACUACUUCAAAUGACGUGCCUACCAUUUGGCUUAGCAAUCGCUCCAAAAAUGUUUGCUUCGGUAACAAACUGGACAGCAGAACUUUUACGCCGUCAAGGUUUAAGAGUCAUUGUCUUCUUGGACGAUUACCUGCUCGUCCACCAGGACAGGGAAGUCCUCCAGGCCCAGGUUCACAAAGCCAUGCAAUUUCUGCAGAAUCUAGGCUGGAACAUAAACUCAAAGAAAUCGAUAUGCACUCCUACGAGACUAAUCGAUUUUCUGGGUAUCACUUGGGACACAAACUCAAACAGAAAGUUCCUACCCACAGAAAAAAUCAACAAAAUACGUCAGUGUCUAUCGACUCGUCUGUCAGCCGGCAAUUGGACUCUCAAGCAGGCCCAAUGCCUCUUAGGGUAUCUUCAAUUUUGCAACCUUCAUCACCCACCGGGGAAGUGGGGAGCUCUAGUCAACAGCAAAUCUGUCAGAGGUCAUUGGACUCCGCGGCAAAUGACCUGGCAUUGCAAUCUGAAGGAGAUGCAUGCUGUAAUAGCUGCAAUCUUAUCGGAUCCAGAAGCCUUGAAGGAUUCGAAAAUAAUUCUACAGAGCGACAGCAAAACAGUUGUAUCGUAUAUAAAAAACGAAGGCGGAACGAAGUCGAAAAGACUGCUUGCAAUGACCAAAGAACUUUUGGCACUGACGGACAGUUUGAAUAUAGUACUAAUCCCUCAUCACUUACCGGGAAUGUACAACAUGGAAGCCGAUCAUCUCUCGCGAAAUCGCAAAGGCAAUGGCAUCUUUUACCCGGGCAAGCAGGGAAAUAUUCAAUCUGUGGGGAACACCCGAAAUAGAUCUUUUUGCUUCAAAAGAGGCACAGUCGGAGAAUUAUGUUACGCUAGACUUAUUAGACUGGAACGCUUGCUAUCACGACGCCUUCAGCAGACUGGAAAUAGACCUGGCGUGGAUAUUUCCUCCGCCGGCGCUUCUACCUCAAGUGCACACCUCAACUCAGCGCAAGGCAGGUUCAUUGUAGUAGACCCAAGUGGAUGA